UUUGACUUUUUUAUUUUUUCAAAAACGAUAGAUAGAUCAGAUUAGAUCCGUGAACACUUUUAUGAUGAGUAAAUCAGACAAGAAGGACAAGAAGAACAAGAAAGAAAAAUUAGAUAAGAAAGACAGGUCUGAAAAUAAGGACGAAAUAGAAAAGAAAACCAAGUCUGAAAAGGAACGUAAAGCCGGAAAAAAGGAUAAGAACAAGGAAAAGAAAGAUAAAAAGGGCACAAAGGAUAGAGAGGACAAAAAGGAUAAAAAGGAAAAGAAAGACAAAAAGAAGAAAUCAAAGGACAGCGAUAAGAAGAGAAAACGUAAAGAUCGUGAAAGCGACUCUGAUGAAGAAUUUGUUAUACAUGAAAAGAAGGUUAAGAAUGACACUAAGCCUCAUACUGAAAGCAAGACUUCAGACACUGCUAACAACGAAAAUAACAAUGUAACAACCACUGGCUGGAAUGAUUGGAACAAGGCUUCGUUUGGAGGCGAUGCGGCGAAGAAGGAUAAGUUCUUAAGAUUACUUGGAGCCAAAAAGGGAAACAGCAGCAUGUCGAAAGCUAGUACUACUACUGCUAGCAAUUUCGUCCCUGCAAGUAAGCCUAAGAGCGGCGGUCUUUACGGUAGCUUAAAGUCUGCCAUUGACGAAGAUGAGCAACAGCGUAUUAGUCAAGAUUUGGAAAAACAAUUUGACCAUGGCUUACAGUUUAGAAAGCAGAUGCAAAUGGGUCGUCGAGGUGGAUUAGGCUUCAAUUAAUCACUCAAUAAAAGCGUUCUGCCUUUACGUAUUAUGUUUUGCAACAGCAUAUUUUAUAUACAUUGUAAUGAUGUAACGAAAGUUGUUAAGUGGCUUCUUGAUCAGUU